AUGGAGAAAACCUGUGGACAAUGCAGUCAGAUUAUCACUGGCAUUGAUUCCGUUGCUUGUCGCGGCUACUGUGGAUGCAUGUUCCAUUUGGCAUGCUCGGGUGUUUCUCGCGCUCUGCUGGGGUACUUUACAUCGCAUCAGAAAAAUCUAUUUUGGAUGUGUGAUGAAUGUGCCAAAUUGUUCGAGAACUCGCAUCUCCGAUCUAUCACCAAAUCGGCAGACGAAAAUUCGCCACUUGUGUCACUUACGGAAGCUAUCAAUGGUCUACAAAAAGAAAUCAAGUCGUUAUCAAAACCGACACCAUCACAAUUAAAUCUUCGUUGGCCUUCUAUCGAGCAUCGUCGUCCGGCCAAAAGACCUCGCGGACCUGAUUUGGACGCUUCUGAGUGUAUAGCUGGAUCGAAAAGAAUCGUAGAGAACGUCGUCAGUGUUCCAAUCUGCGAAAAACCAGCAGACAAAUUUUGGCUGUAUUUGUCUCGUAUACGACCGGAUGUCACCAACGACGAGAUUUCUGCUAUGGUGCGAGCCAACCUUGAGCUAAGUCAAGACCCAGUGGUAGUUAAACUGGUUGCCAAAGGUUCUGAUAUUAGCAACAUGACCUUUGUGUCUUUCAAAGUUGGCCUUGACCCUGCAUUGCAAUCUAUCGCUUUGGAUCCUUCAACUUGGCCGCAAGGAAUAUAUUUUCGCCAAUUUGAGGAAAAAUCGACCCAAAAAUUUUGGAAACCUUUGGCGAGUCCGUCUCUAACGCCCACACCAGGAAUAUCUCAGCAUUGA